UCUAAACCCAUGUUCUAGUCACAAUCAAAAUUUCAAACCCAUUAUGAACCCUCCCCUUCUUCCUCCUCAUCCUCCUCCACCUCACCAUCAUCAUCAUCAUUAUCAGAUCACUACCGGUAUGAGCUAGCACAUCAUUUGUGAAGAUAGAGGGGAAGGAAUCGAUCAAAUCCAUUCAUUCACUUUUGUUCGUUGAUCUCACUUGUCUCGCCAUCAAAUCCAUUCAUGAAUUUCAUACUCUAAGGCCACAAUUGACGUCCAAUUUCUAACUCAAACUUUGUUGAUGGACCAUAAGAACAUCAAGGCUCAGAUCUAGGAUGCGAUUGGCUUGCUUCCACUUACGCCAAGGAAGUUGUUCACAUCAUCAUUACCAGUUCAUCUUCUUCAUUCCUUCUUUUGCCCUAUUCUUCAGUAGUCUUCUUUUACAAAAUCUAGAAAAGGUUUAACCAAAAAACCCAAAUCUCAUGCCCUUGAGUUCGUCGACAUGCUUGCAUGAUAGAAGGGCUCGAGUACAACCUUGAGUUUAGGAAGGGAAUGGAAUUUGAAGCCUUGGUUUUUACUUGUAGAGUAGUAUGGGCUUGGAGGAAAAGGAAGAGCUUAAGCACGAUCCAGGCAUUUUCCAUGAAAUAUUCACAAGCUGGAUAGUGUGGAAAUCGAGUUCGGGAGCAAGUUCAACACAGGUGGCCCAGCACUUUGUGAUACCAUAGCAAGCUCUAUAACAGUACUUGGAUUGCCGUGGAAUGCAAACACUGCCACUCCCUUACUCGAGACGCAACAUGAGACUGGAAAUCAUUUGGUUCUUGGCGACACCCGAAGAGUGUGAGAAUCCGAUUCGCCUGCAGAAAUUUCGAUGGAUGAGAGUGCGGGUUGGUCCGAUCUUCCGCCAAAACUAUGCCGGAUGGUACGCAAACGCCUCAACAGUGAGAUCGACGUUCUUCGACUUCGCUCUAUCUGCAAGUCAUGGCGUUCCUCUAUUUAUCCCACUCGUACAGUUCCUCGAAGAAUCAUCACCCGUUUUGGCGAACGCCUACUCACCCGCACCACAAUUUAUCGUCUCGAACUUUCCGAUCUCGCUACAACCCUUCCAAGUUCUUCUUUAUCCACAGCGUGGUUGAUCAAGGUUGAAGGAUCCAAAUACCGUCGUCUCUGUCUCUUAAACCCUUUUACAAACGAACGACUCUCGAGCUCCGAUACGACGUACCCUUCUGACUCUUUCGCUAAGCUGUUGAAUCUAUUGAACUUUCGGUUCGUUGAACUUGUGAAAACAUAUUCUAUCUCAUUAAAUGGUCCUGGCCAGAGGUUUCAUCCUUGUGAGAGUGGAAAAGUAGUAGCGUUCCCCAAUUUUGCUUGGACCAUUGAGAAUUGCAUGUUCUUUUGUGUAGAUAGGGAUGGGAAACUAGGGUUUUCAAAAAUCGGUGAUGAUGAAUGGACCCUUGUGGAUGAUAAGAACUUCUGGUAUGAUGACAUAAUUGUUCAUAAGGAUCGGCUCUAUGUUGUGGAUAGAUGGGGAAUCAUUUACUGGAUUGAUUGUUCAUCCUUGAAGUUGACGCAAUUUUCUCCUCCAUUUUGUCCUUUUGUUGAUAACAAGAAGAAGCAUUUGGUGGAAUCCUUUGGAAGUCUCUAUGUCGAUAUGUUUUUUGAAGGAGGUCCCACCAACCCCAGUGUCAUCCCCAAUAAUGUACUGGGUUUGAAAGUAUAUAAGCUUGAAGAGGAAUGGGGUAGAUGGUCGGAUGUGAAAAGCUUGGAUGAGCAUGUGUUUUUUUUGAGUAAAGACUGUAAUUUCUCCAUUUCAGCUCAAGACUAUCAUGGAUGUGAAGGGAAUUGCGUCUACUUCUGCCAUAAAGGUCGUGUUUCUAUGUUCAACUUAAGGACUUCCACCUCCAACUCUCCUGAGGUUUUCUGGCCUUGCCCAACUCUGUUUGACUUGUGUUUUUUCCCCACAAAGAAAAGGAAACAUCGUUCAAAGUCGGAUGAGAGUGUGGGUUGGUCUGAUCUUCACCCAGAACUAUGUCGGAUGAUAUUCGAACGCCUCAACAGUAAAAUCGACCUUCUUCACUUUCGCUCUAUUUGCAAGUCAUGGCGUUCCUCUGUUUCUCCCUCUGCUAUAGUUUCUCCUAGGUUCCCUCAAAAAAUAACCACUCGUUUUGGCAAACGCCUACUUACCUGCACCACAAUUUAUCGUCUUGAACUUUCUGAUCUUGCUAUUACAAUUCCAUGUUCUUGUUUCUCCAAAGCGUGGUUGAUCAAGGUUGAAGAAUCCAAAUACCGUCGUCUCCGUCUCUUAAACCCUUUCACAAAUGAUAGACUCUCUAGCUCUCGUAUGAGCUACCCUUAUAACUCUUUCCCUAAGGAAUUGAAUCUGUUGAACCUUCGGUUGGUUGAACUUAUGAAAACAUGUUCUAUCUCAUUAAAUGGUUCUUGUGAGGGGUUUCAUCCUCGUGAGAGUUGGAAAGUAGUAGCGUUCCCUAAUGUUGCUUGGACCAAGAUAAAGGAUUGCAUGUUCUUUACUGUACAUCGAGAUGGAAAACUAGCAUUCUCAAGAAUUGGUGAUUAUAAAUGGACCCUCGUGGAUGAUAGAAACUUCUAUUAUGAUGACAUAAUUGUUCAUAGGGGUCAGCUCUAUGUUGUGGAUAGAUGGGGAACCAUUUCGUGGAUAGACUGUUCAUCCUUGAAGUUAGUGCAGUUUUCUCCUCCGCUUUAUGCUUUGGUUGAUAACAACAAGAAGCAUUUGGUAGAAUCCUGUGGAAGUCUUUAUGUUGUUGAUAUUUAUUUUGAAGGAGAUCCCAACAACACCAGGGGCACGUCCUAUGAGGUACUUGGUUUGAAAGUAUAUAAGCUUGACGAGGAAUGGGGUAGAUGGAUGGAUGUGAAGAACUUGGAUGAGCGUGUGUUUGUUUUGAGUAAAGAUUGUAAUUUCUCCCUUUCAGCUCAUGACUAUCAUGGAUGUGAACGGAAUUGCAUCUACUUUAGUGAUAGAGGCUGUGUUUCUAUGUUCAAUUUAAGAACUUCCACAUUCAAAUCUCCCAAGGUCUUCUGGCCCUACCCAACUCUAUUCGACUUGCGAUUUUCUUCUAAAAAGAAAUAGAAACAUUGUUUGAACCACCUUUGGGAGCCUUAUAAGGGAAGUGAAGUUUAUAAUAUGAAAAGUGGGGCUUAUAAGCUCCAGAGGGUAGUUUCUUCGGAUGGGCAAUUCCUUUGGAGUUGUGUUCAUAACUACUUGCAAGGACAAUAUUGUCCAUCCAUUGUUUAUAAUAAGUGAUCGAGAAAAGUGGUCAGUGAAUUCUCUUGGCCAUUUAUUUCUCCUACAUAAGGACUUUUUUGCAAAGGAUGAUGGGGGCUGUAAUCUUGAAUUUGAAGAGGAUGUUCUUUCCAGUGCUUUUUGUGCUUAUAAAUGAAAUUAGGAAAAAUGCCAAUAGGUUCUAGUUUAAAGCUUGGACAUUAGGUGCAUGUGGAUAAGCUCUACCCCUUGGUUUUUUGGUGCCUUGAAAUGGACGAUGGUUUCGGAAAUUGUUUAGCUAUUCUAAACUUUCUUGGGUAUGAUUGGUGAUGCAGGUGUAAUGUCAUGUCUUGUGAAUUGUCACUGGUUCUUUCAUGGCGGCAUAUGUUUGUGUUAAAGUUCGAAAAAUCCUUGGUUGUUUCAGGCUCAAAAGAAGAUUUAAAAAAAAGGAAUUACUUGUAUCUAUUACUCACACCAAGCUUUUGUUCUUCAAGACUCAAAGUUUUAAAGUAUAGCUUCUAGAUUAAUGUUUUUUUCGAAGUUAACAAAACCUUGAGUUUGGUCAUUUACUAUAGUCACUCGCAGUUUUCACUAAAGGUUAUUUUGC